GCGUGUGCGUGUGCGUGUGCGUGCGUGUGUGUGUGUGUGUGUGUGUGUGUGCGCGGGCAGGGACUUCCGGCGCCGGCGGAGGGACCGCCCGAGGACGUCCAGAGCUCAAGCUCCCGCGUGCUCUGUUCGACCUCCCCUCGUCGACGUGAAGCACCGGAUGCCGAUCUCGCUGAGCGAGUUCGAGCUGCUGCUGCAGAAGGAGGCGGAGUCCUGCAAGGGCUGGGACGUGCCCAUCGACCGCAAGGAGCUCAAGGUUGCCAAGACCCAGAGCGGGCCGGGCGUGAUCACGCUGCGGGCAUGGGCAACCGUGCCUGGAGUACACGCGCACGUGGCGUUCCACCUCUUUUAUGUUGCGGAGGAGCGUAUGAAAUGGGACAAGGUCUUCGCCAAGCAGGCCAUCAUCGGCUCUGGCUGCCAGGGCUCCGACAUCCUAUACUCCCUGCUGAAGCCUCCAGUCAGCACGCCUCGCGACUUCUUGCAGUACCGCCGGAUUCGGCUUGAGAAAGACGGCUCAAUUCUCAUCAUGCUCCGCUCAGCGGAGCACCCCGACUGCCCAGAAGAGAGCUCCGCGAUCCGCGCGGAGUCCUACAUAUCCGGGUACGUCUUGCGGCAGGAGUGGGACGGUGAGACGCCGGUGCUCAAAAUCUUCCUCAUGAGUUGCUCGGACAUCAAAGGCCUGAUCCCAAAGUGGAUCGUCAAUACCAUCGCUCCGAGGAAGCCUGGCGAGUGGAUCGAGAGCCUCCGCAAGGCCGCCGUGGACUUCCAGCAGGCCAAUCCUGGCAUGAUGGGCGAGCUCCAGCAGACCCUGCAGCGGUUCGCAGAGGACAACCCCUUCGAUUUCGAGGCGGAGGACGCCGAUUCUGUGUCCGCCGUCAUGAGCGGCCUCGGUGACGACCGUGUUGAGGAGAGCCGGGGUCCGCCCAGCCCGAAGAGGGCAACGGCGCGCGCAGCUUCCAGCAGCAUGGUGCAGAGCACGGAGCAGCGAACGGCAGAUCCCAAGAGCUGCAGAUCUGAGCCAAGGAGCUCUGCCUGCGUCGCCAAGGUGGAGGAGGAGGACCAUAUGAAAAAUAUAGGGAAAGAGACAGAGAGAGAGGAUAGUGACAAUGAAGAGAUUCAGGAAUAGGCCCUCGGCAGACUCCUUCCUCCUGAGCGUUGGAUGUUUCAGAUCGCUAACUGCGACGCAGCUUGCGGACUAACGCUCUACAGUCGCAGCACAUUUAAAGAUGUUGCCGUUGUCUUGCUUCGUUGCGAAGACGGGGAGGAGGAGGAGGGAAGAGGGAGGCGGUGGGGGAAAGGGGAGGAGAUGACGCUCGGG